AUGAACACAGGAGCGCAUCAUACACUUUUCAAUGAUUUGUGUGCUGAUGAAAAGAAGUUUUUCAACUAUUUUCGUAUGAGCAAGCCGUCAUUUGAAGAACUUCUCAGCUACGUCAGGAGAGACAUCACAGGAACUACCACAAACAUGAGAGAAUGCAUUGCACCAGACGAGAAGCUUGAUGUAACUUUGAGUGGAAAACUGGUGAUGGCUGUGGAGGCUGGUAGAUGGGAGGUGCCUGAUGCUGAAAGUGCUGUGGCCAUUGUUGGUACACCUGUUGAGCCUGGUGCAUAUGGGAAGUCUUCUGACUCAACUGUGUUCAAGGAGAGUAAAUUUUUCAGGAAACUUGAAAAUCAAACCCUGAAUGUUCCUGCUCCACAAGAAUCGUACUCAGGCUUUGGAACACACAUGCCUUUUAUAUUUGUGGCUGACGAAGCUUUUGGACUAUCACAACACAUUGUGCGCCCAUAUGCUGGUAAAUUUUUGAGUCAAAAGAAACGCAUCUUCAAUUACAGACUUUCACGAGCCCACAGACUCAUUGAAUGCUCAUUUGGAAUCCUUGCAAACAAAUGGCGCAUCUUCCAUCGACCACUCAAUGUAAGCCUAUCACUGGCAGAGGACAUCAUCAAGGCGUGUUGUGUUUUGCAUAAUUUUGUAAGAGACAGAGAUGGCGUUCGAAUUGAGGAUACUUUGAUAUGGAACCUGCUGCAGGGCCAACUUCAAGACUUGCCAGCCAUUUGA